AUGAAGUCGAGUACUUCAUCAGUCCUGAGUUGGGCUGCAACGCUCCUCGUCUCAGCUACAGAGAUUGCCGCCAUGCAAAAGGAUAAUUGUUGUGCUUUGCUUGAGACUGCGGGCUUGAAACAUGUCUACUAUCCCAGCAGUGAAGGGUACAAGACGCGAACGGACUCGUACUUUUCCGUGUCGUCGCAGUUGCAACCUUAUUGUAUUGUCCAGCCCGAGAGUACUGAGGAUGUAUCUGCCAUUAUCAAGACUUUGAUACCCGAUACUACCUGUAACCUUGCGGUGCGAAGUGGUGGUCACACUGUUUGGGCAGCCAACAACAUUAAUAAUGGAGUGACCAUUGAUCUUGGAUUGAUGAACAAGACCACCUAUACUGAAGAGACUAAGGUUGCUCAUGUCCAAGCUGGAUCCAUUUGGCGGGAUGUUUACGAGGCUCUCGAACCAUUUGGUGUCACCGCUGCUGGCGGUCGUACCUCAACUGUCGGCGUCGCUGGUUUCUUGACAGGUGGUGGUAACACCUUUUACACAGCCCGUCGUGGUUUCGGAUGUGAUCAAGUCGUCAACUUUGAGGUCGUCCUUGGUGACGGGCGUAUUGUCAAUGCCAACAAGACCGAGAACGCCGAUCUUUGGAAAGCCCUCAAAGGUGGAUCAACCAACUUUGGAAUCGUCACCCGCUUCGACUUACAGGCCUUCGACGCUCCUCUUCUUUGGGGUGGCCUUGUCACGUACACGACCGAAACGACAGAUGCCCACGUCGAAGCCUACAAAAACUGGACGGAUAAUAUUGAGAAUUACCAAGAUGGAUCUGUUAUUCCAUUCUGGAGCUAUACUCCUCAAGCUGGAAAAAUAGGCAUCACUGUUUCGUAUGAGGAUACAACUGGUGUGGCAUCUCCAAAGGCUCUCGAUGCUUUCUGGGAGAUCCCAUACGAGACCUCCAACUUGCGCAAGGAUUCCCAUCGCAACAUGACUGUCGAGCUCGAGCUCGUUGCUGGAUACCGAAAUGUCUGGUUCGCCAUCACCUUCAAGAACAAGCUGUCCCUAUACCAGAAAGCUCUUGAACUCCACCAGCAAUUCGUCAGUGACUGGAAAGCCCAGUCCCCAGAUGGAGAUUUUAUCUGCCACGCCAUUUUCCAGGCCAUGCCCACUGUGUUCUCCAAGCACUCCCUCGAGAGAGGCGGUAACGUCGCCGGUCUAGAUCGCGAGAAGGACAACGCUGUCAUGUUCCAGGUACAGCACAUGGUCAACGGCGUUGAGCAGGAAAAGCUUGCGCGUGAGCGUAUGGUUGAAUUUCGUCAAACGAUGAAGCAGUUUAGUGUUGAUGAGGAUGCCGCUGUGGAAUGGGAGUACCUCAAUUACGCUGACUUUACUCAAGACCCUCUCUCUACUUAUGGAUCGGAGAACGUCGAGUUUAUCCGGGAGGUUGCCAAGAAGUACGACCCGGAGGAAGUCUUCCAGGCACGCUUUCCUGGUGGCUUCAAGAUUUCCAAGGUUGCUUGA